UUUUGCAUGUUGAAGACAGUUUGACAGCUUUAAUUUUUUUAUGAAUACACCCUAAAUGUGGAGACUAUUUCUAUAAUAAUAACCCAGAAUGGGUCUUCAGACAUUGGAGUUUAGUGACUGCUUGGUUGAUAGUCCGUAUUUUCGGGAUAAACUUCACCAGCAUGAAAAAGAGUUGGAGCGAACAAGCAAGUCUAUCAAGCAUCUCAUUGCAGAGUGCAAAGACCUGCUCAGUGCAGCCAGAAACUUAUCAAGAGCACAAAGAAAUUUCUCAAAAAUCUUGAUAGACUUCAAGUUCGAAACCAUUGGAGAUGAACAAACUGAUGAUGAGAUGUGUAUAGCUGAAUCUUUAAAAGAAUUCGGUAAACUUAUUGCUGCCAUUGAAGAUGAGCGCGAUCGAAUGUUGGACCAAGCAUUCAUCCAGUUCGUGCAGCCGCUUGAAUCGUUCAGGAAGGAGCAAAUAGGUGGUGCUAAGGAAGAUAAAAAGAAGUUUGAUAAAAUGACGGCCAAGUUUUGUCAGUCAUUGGAGCGGCACCUGAACAUGAAGGCAAACAGGGCUACGGAAGUUGCACUCAAAGAGGCCGAUGCCCAGCUUGAGUUUGAGAAGCGAGAAUUCUACAAGUCAUCUAUGCAGCAUGUGCUUCUCCUACAAGAAGUACAGGAGAGAAAGAAGUUUGAAUUUGUUGAAAUUCUGCUGAGCUUCAUGUACAGCUGGUUGACUUUCUAUCACCAAGGCCAAGAAGUUGCCAAAGACUACAGGCCUUAUAUGACAGAUCUACAACUCAAGUUACAAAAAAUGCGUGCUGGUUUCGACAGCACAAGAGACGAAGCUGAGCAGCUAAUGAAGAAAAUGUUGGAGAAACCAGAAAAUUCAGAGAUUAUUUCCCAGAAUAAAUUGUUUGCACGUGAAGGCUACCUCUACCUCAUGGAAAAAAAAACGAUACAAUUGGGCGGUCCGGCUUGGAAUAAGUACUUCUGUCAAUACAUGAAGGAUACAAAACAGUUGAUAAUGACACCGUACUCACAGACUACUGCUAAACCUGUUGGUCAGGCAGAAACAUUGGUGCUUACGUCCUGUACCAGGAGGGCUUCAGAGUCUAUAGACAAGAGAUUUUGUUUUGACAUCACGGUUCAGGACCGACCGGGGUCAACGAUGACGUUGCAGGCUGUUUCUGAACAGGAUCGACGGCUCUGGUUAGAUGCCAUGGAUGGAAAAGAACCUAUUUAUAACAAGCCACAAGUAAGGAAGGAUGGAGUUUUUAGCUCAGACAUGACAGAUUACGGUUUUAUCGUUUUCACCUGCCUGGACAAAGCUGGCUUCCACUUCAUAGACAAAUGCAUAAGUGCCUUAGACUCCCGAGGGAUGACUGAGCAGGGCCUGUAUCGUGUUGUAGGGGUUGCCUCCAAGGUGGCCAAGCUCACGCAGAUGGGACUAGAUCCAAAGAAAGUAGACAAAAUCAAUUUAGAUGAUGAAGAAAUAAAAACCAUAACCAGUGCCAUCAAAAGCUACUUUCGGUCUCUUCCUGAACCCUUGAUGACGUUUGACUUCCACCAGAAGUUCAUAGCGGCUGCAAAGCAAGAGAGUAAAACAUUACGAAUCCAUGACAUCCACGUUCUAAUCCACAAACUUCCCGAACCAAAUUUCAAGAUGUUGGAAGUAAUAAUAAGACAUUUACGGAGGGUCGCGGAUCAAUGUAACAAAAAUCUGAUGAACGUUGCCAACAUUGGUGUCUGUUUUGGCCCAACUCUGAUGAGGCCGAUCGAGGAGACCCUAGCAUCGAUUAUCGAGAUCAAGUUCUGCAAUGUGGUGGUGGAAAUACUUAUAAACUAUCAUGAAAAGAUAUUCUUUGAAGCCCCUGAAGGAGCAGACGUCACCGACAGCAAGGCCGGUGUUAUUCAAAAGCCGAAACACAUCAGUGAGAACAUGUCCAGCAGCAUGUAUGAGCGACCGUCGACGGAAAAACUAGGACCUGCUGGCCAGGACAGAAUGAGUGUCAGCAUGACUGCUGUACCGCCAGAAAAAAUGUCUAGAAGUUUUCAGGAUAAAAUGUCGGAGAGUGUGACUUCGAGUAUGGCAUCGAGUUUAGCUAGUAUGGAUAGUAGCACAACGAGUAUUGAGGACAAUGCAAAAACACCAACGUCGGGCAGUGGGCCGCCUUAUUCAAAUUUCCGCGGUACGCCACCUGUGAAGGGAUUAGUUUCGAGUGGGAAUAGUGCUGCGAACUCUGGUAAUAAUAAUUCUGGUAAUUAUGCACAAUUUCGACGACAGCUCCGGCCGGUUGGCAUCUAUCAUCCUAAUUCUUCAGACAUAUGCAGCAGCACAAGUAGUAGUUCUGAAUCCUUGAAUUCCAAGUCUUCAGCGACGCAGUCCAAUGCUUCGAUCUGUAGUAACACGAUGCCCGCCUCGACGACGGGAGCGCACCUCGAUGAUAUAAGGAAAUCGAAACCUAUUUAUACAAAUUUAGCAAAAGCCAACUUUUUCAACUAUGACCCUUUUGACAACGAAUACCUGUGUAACCGUAGACUACUCGUGAACAGUGUACGCAACCCCACCUAUGAGAAGCCACUAGAAAUAAUACCGUCAAAUAAGACACCUGGUGUAAACAGAGACAUCAUACAAAAUAUGAACUACUUCGGGCCAGCAAGUCGAUCGUCUGCAUAUGAAGUGCCGGGACCUAGUCAAGGGGGAGGACCAAAUAAAGCAGAGACUAUUGAUGUCAAGAAGCAUGCUAAAACAUUUGGUUUUAGGAAGCGAAAAUCUCGUGAUCGUGAUUCUUUGUCAUCGCUGAAAAGUUCCACGAGUAGUAUAUCGAGUACAUCUAGCAGUCUUUACCAACGAUGUCGCAAAGUUCGAACGCUGUAUGCAUGUGAGGCUGAGAACGAUACUGAGUUAUCUUUUGAACCCAAUCAGAUCAUUUACAACGUGAAACAAAGCCGUGAGGUCGGCUGGCUGGAGGGGACGUUAAAUGGUAAAACUGGUUUAAUACCAGCCAACUACGUGGAGUACUUAAACUGACAGGAGUAGGAUAGGUCCAGGUGGUGCACUGUGGUGACGUCAAGGAAAAAAAUCGAUCAAAGCCAGAUUGACUCUGUCUUCUUUAUGAUAACCGUUGACAUUAUGGUGUAGAAGCUUGAGACGUGAUGUCAUCACAAUACCCCCUCUGGAGGUUCUGGAAGUGAGAGGUGCUAUCGUCAUUCUCAGGGACAAUGCUCGUCUCACGAUUUGUUGCAUAACUGCUGCAAAGUGUCGUGUCCUGUGGUUGCACUACCCUCUCUGGGUGGAGAAAUUUCCUCAGAUUUUCGGGUGUGUUGUUUAAAUGUACAGUCGGCGAUGGAUGUGAAAUGCCUCAUAAAUGUACAUGUAUGUGCUAUGUAUUCUAUAAACUGAUCGAAUCCUUUGUGAAAAUGCUUCUGCGGGAGAUUUAUUUUGGCAAUCAUUGCAAAAAUCUGGUCCUGUUAAGGUUAUCAAGUGAUGUCUAGUCAUUAGCCCCAAAGUACUUGCCUAAAGCUGUAAAACUGAGCUUUGCAAUUAAUCGAAGCUGAAAAUACUCUGUGCUUUAUAAAUGGGAGACUGUGAUGUUAAAGAUGUAACACAGAGCAGCAAGUUCAAUGCUGAAAGUUGCUAUUUUGUUAAACCUGAGUACCAAUCUUGAUCUUGCCAUGAAAAAUAGGCUGAAAGUUCUGAGAUUGGUAAAAGAACGAAAUUUUGAUUGUCUCUCAUUCUGCAGUAUAGUGGAAACUAUUGAAUACUCCCUUUGCAUUAAAUGCACAUCACCAGAUAUUGGUGCUUCAGGAAUGUCCAGCAUUGUUUCAAGUUAAAGAAUUCUUAUCAUUUCGUUGACAUUUGAACGAUGAAACAAGGCGUAACUUGUGUCUGUCUACUUGGAGCUAGAAGCCAUGUUGGACUGUUUGAAAAACAAUUCAUAUUGUGUGCUGAAUGUACCAAAGAUUUUCUGUUUGCCAAACUCUGGUCACUGAGAUAUGUUGUUUUUUCUCGAGCGUUCAGGAAAUAUUGAUGAAGGGGUUUUGUUGGCCUUCUGGUAAAACACAUACAGAUUGGGGUAGAGUCGUGUCUGUGAUAUCGAUUGAGAGGAGAACUAUUCCAAAUCUACAUAAUUGUAAUGAAAUAUAUCAUAAUGUAAUAAAUAUGUCCUCCAACUGACGUAUUUCUCAUCUUAACUUAUGCAAGUAUCAAUUCGUGUCUUGUACCCCCCCUCCUCAAGGGUACGACACCUUAUCACCCUAUAACGACAUCUUAAGGCUCAAGCAUCACCCUUUUUUCACCAAUGCUACUUUUUCUUUCGUCAAGACAUCACCAUCAACAAUAUAUCAGUUAUCACCGUCAUAUAAAGUAACCGAACUAAUUUUACUGGGUAAGGCUGUAUGUUCGACAAGACAUCGACACAUUAGCAUCCUUAUUCUUUCCAGCUUCGCCAAAUUUUCACUAAAGGAAAAAUAAAUACUACUCAAGCAUCGGCAAAGAUUAGUGGUGAUAGCUUAACUACCCUUGAGGAGGGGGGGUACAAGAAACGAAUUGAUACUUGCAUUAGAGUAGGCCACCAAUACCUGGUAAUAUACAAGCAUCUUUGUACAUAUUUACUGGUGACCUAUGCUCAGUUGAGGUGAGAAGUACUAAAAUAGGUGAAAAACUACCAAAUGUUAUGUAUCUUAAUAUUGCUUGGGGUAUAGAAUAAACAAACUUGGGCUUUAACAAGAGGGGGAAAUGUCAUCUUGUGUAUUUCAAGGGUUCGACUUGGAAAAUACUCUGUAGAUUGUGCUGGCUUUCAUGGCUUUGAUAUGUGUCUUGAUUGUAAUUAGUCAAAUUUAGCUGAAAAUUGUUGAGAUUUUCAUAUGCGAAUGAGAGGUCCGUUUUGGUUUGGCCUCCAUGCUGAUGCUCUGACUACAGACCUGUUAAUUACGCCCAGUGGACAUUUUUGGCAAGUAAGUCCAUUUACAUUAUAAUCUGGCAAGAAACCUCGGUAGGUGUUUGGUAUGAUUUUGUAACCAAUAUUUCAUAUAUUUUAGAGAUUCUAUCCUGCUGAUUUUGCAGUAUUUAUAACAACCGAUUUAUUUAAGCUUUUCAUUCAAAAUACUGGUAAAUGGACAAGUCAUGUAUUGUACUCGGUGUAAUGUGUGGUCAAGUUUUACUGCUACUCUCUCGUCUCAAAACCAGUGAUGUAAUGUAAUAACUGGGCUGAAAAUCUCUAUGAAAUGUAACACCAUUCAUGGUGACACAAAAUUUUGUUUAAAAAUUGUAGUAUCUGUAUAACCUGUGGGUCAUAACUGAGGUGUCUCCCUGAGGUUUGGGAUGAGUUGACAGCUCCACCUAUGGGGACCUUGGAGAGACAAUCAAUAACAACUGAGGAAUCAAUAGAAAAUGCUGCUUCAUUACGACCAAUGUGUCACACUGUUAUGGAGUUGGAUACAUUAUGCCUGGCUGUUGAUGAUUGGCUGUUGCUUUCCUGGUUAUACAGGAAGGAGGAAAUUGAAAACUGUAAAUGUUGAUGUCCAUAUUUAACUGCACAGAAAAAAGAAAUUAAAGAGUCUAACUUGUAAGAUAUAUAAAAAGAAGAAGAUGUAUAGAUGGAGUAUAAUAUUUUGGCAUAAUGGGGACUUCGCUGUUGUUUUUGAGUUAAUGCUAGAAUAUAUUGAUGCUUGUUAUUAGAUAAGUUUAUAAGAUGUGCAUUUUAGUUGCCGGUUAAUGAUUGGCUGUAUAUAUUGCUCUCUAUUUUAUACCAAACUCACUAUGUUUUGUAUGGCAAGGUUGUUCGCUGGAUUUUUAGUUGGUCGUUAGUAAAUCUGUGGUGACGGCAGCAUCAUGAACUACUAUUGAGUGUGAUUUAGUUGGUACUUGGCAAAAUUUGAUGUUCACCACAAGGACAUGCAGGUGUUCUGUUCUUGGAUGAUAGUGGUUCAAUGUAGCUAUCUGGGGAUGGCUUGAGCCUCUUCAUGUACUUCAGACAAAAAAGGAAAAGCAAUUGAUUAUUCUUUACAGCUUGGGUGCCCAUGGGUUAAAUGUUCUUCGUUGUGCCCACAUAUUGACUACAUGCACACGUAGGUUUUUGAUGGCCCUUAGAAAUUGAAUAAUUUUCAAGGAUGUCUCCGCAGAAUCGAAACCUCGUCAUUCCUGUUACAUGUAUUUGUAAAUGUGCAUCUUUCUAAAUCUUCUGACCCAGGUAUAACCAGUCCUUUACGUCAUUUCACUGUUUAGGUAUUGUUGGCUCUCAAGAGCAGAUCAUAUGUUUAGUUACCAUAAUUACAAUGCUAAUUCAUGUGUCAAACCUCUUUCCAUUGACAUUGUCUUGCUUUUUAAGUGUUGAACUUAAGUAAUUUCUGAGAUUAUUUUGAUAAAGCCAAAAAAUUGUACAUAGAACUUUUCUAUCUCUAGAAAAUUAUGCCUGUAUAGAAGGCACUGUGUUAGUGUCUUGCUGGAAAAAUUAUAGAGGGAGCUUCAGCUUCUUUACUUUUGUACGCCGUAACCAAUAUCCCUGUAGUAUGAGGAUAAAACCAUUAUCACCAUUUCCUCAUUUCUCUGGCUUACGUUGUUGACUCGCGUCUUUAAACCCCAAAACAAACUCAAAGAGUGAGUAGUGAGAGAUAUUGUAAAGAGUUCCUGAAAAGAGUGUAGUAUUUUUAAGUACUACACUCUUUUCGGGAACUCCGACAAUGUGCACUUAUCAUUUUACCAGUUACAUGUAUUUGUGUACACAUUCAGUGUAUAUCUGUGGCGUCAUCUGUACAGGAAUUCAGUUGAUUUUAUCAAUAAUGGCGCAGUGCUGUAACCCGAAAAAUGUUUGCGGCAGGUUUUAUUCGCAGUUACCUACCUUUUAACGGACAAUCGUUACAUUUUGCAGAACUACAGGAGCCAUGGUGCGUACAUGUAAUGUACAUGUAUGAAUGUAUGAAGAGAAAUUUUGUGAUCAGAUUGGACUGCAAAGACCACAAAACUAAAUUGUCCGCAAAAACUUUCUGGGUUGCAGUAUUUUGUGCUGGUAAUGUCCUUUGAAAUUAUCUCAUUCCUCAAGUGAAUUGUAUCAAACAAAGUUGUUAUGCGCUAUUCCAUUGUGAUGGACCCAGAGCUUAACUAAACCUUAGAUCUCAGACCAAAUAGAAAUUAGAUGUUAAUUCAAUGGGGGAUGAAAGUUGUUUGAAGGCAGUUACAUGCACGAUGUACAUUGUUCUGCAACUAGUUAGAAUUUUGCUUGACUAUUACAUGUAUUAUCAGAACAACGAAGGUCAGCCAUGUCUGGCUGUAUGCGGUUUCACUCUUACUUGGAAGAGUAUGGCUGUUAACUUUCCACAAUGAUGUGUCCCAUUGUAUUCAGUGCUAGUCAGUAAGGGUGAACCACUGAUUUUUAGGGAUGCAGAAUGGGAUACUUAUUCUAAUUGACAGAGAUUGCAUGUAAAGAGCUAAUUUAAGUGCAACAUAUGAUUAAAGAAAAAUAAAACAAACUUGUACAGAUAAUUAUUA